CAGCCGGGUAGGGGACAUGGGUGCAUGUGUAUCAAGGCCAGAGAGUUGUGUGGGAGGUAAAUUUGGAGGUUCCAAGAAAAAGUCUAGGAGAAGAAGAAAAGCGGUGAGGAGAAAAGUUCCUUCUCACUUACCUGACCGAUCAUCAUUGGAUAAAUUUGACAACAAGUCUCUUCCUUUGGAUCCCUCCUUCAACAAUCCCACCUAUAAUAAAGGAAGCACUGAGGAGGAAUGGCAUGAUUCUGCUGCAAUACUUGAAUCUGACUGUAGUGACGAUGAUUUUCAAAGUGUUCCUGAUGAUUUGCUCUCCCUCAAUGGCUGUGAUGCUGCAUCAGUGUCUAGUAUUACUUCUCCCAAAUAUGCCAAUCAAAGACAUGGUGAUGCUAAUGUGCAAUGUGUAUCCUCUAUUGAGCAGCCACAGGGGCAAGGAGACUUGUCAAAUCAGAAUUCUGCUCGGAACUCUGUCAGUGGAGUUUCAAAAAGUUCAGGGCAUCCUAAUGACUGUGAAUUGCGGGUGAAAUUUGAUGGAUCCUCCAGUGAGGUGCAACCUGUUUUCCUUGAUGAAAUAUCCUCUUCGGCAGAUGAAAGUGCUGACAGGGAGGAUGGCUUGAUGGAUAACUGUGGUAUUCUUCCAAACAAUUGUUUGCCUUGUCUAGCUUCAACCGUCCCAUCUGUGGAAAAGAGGAGAUCUCUGAGCUCCAGUCCACCAAGUGCUAGGAAAAAGGCUGCCUCAAAACUUUCCUUCAAGUGGAGGGAAGGACAUUCUAGUGCAAAUUUGCUUUCUUCAAAGGCGCUUUUACAAAGGCCAAUUGCCGGAUCCCAGGUACCUUUUUGUCCCUUGGAGAAGAAGAUUUCUGACAGUUGGUCUCAGAUUGAACCGAGUACUUUCAAAGUUCGGGGGCCAAAUUAUCAUAGAGAUAAAAGGAAGGAUUUUGCUCCAAAUUAUGCAGCAUAUUACCCAUUUGGUCUUGAUGUAUUUUUAUCUCCGAAGAAAGUUAAUCAUAUUGCUCGAUUUGUGGAGCUUCCAGCCAUAAACUACUCUGGGGCACUUCCUUCUAUUCUUGUUGUCAAUGCUCAGAUACCACUGUAUCCAGCCACAAUUUUUCAAAAUGAAACUGAUGGAGACGGGAUUAGUUUUGUUAUGUACUUUAAACUUUCAGAGAGUUAUGCAAAGGAACUUCCAUUCCAUUUUCAAGAAAGUAUCAGGAGGUUAAUCAAUGAUGAGGUGGAAAAAGUAAAAGGCUUUCCUGUAGAUACAAAUGUACCUUUCAGGGAAAGGUUAAAAAUCUUGGGGCGUGUAGGCAAUGUGGAUGAUCUCCGUUUAAGUGCGCCUGAGCGAAAGCUUAUGCAUGCCUACAAUGAAAAGCCUGUUCUUUCACGUCCGCAACAUGAAUUUUUCUUGGGAGAAAACUAUUUUGAGAUUGAUUUGGAUAUGCAUCGAUUUAGCUACAUCUCUAGAAAAGGUUUUGAAGCAUUCCUAGACCGGCUAAAGUUUUGCAUCUUGGACUUUGGCCUCACAAUUCAGGGUAACAAAGCUGAGGAGUUGCCGGAGCAGAUUUUAUGCUGCAUACGGCUAAAUGAAAUUGAUUAUGUGAAUUAUCAGCAAUUGGAGUUUAGUAAUGAGUCCCUUUAACAGGUGGAGAACUUGUUAGCUUCAAGAUAAUGACGAAUAGUGCAAAACUUCAUUCUACAGCAACUUUUGUUGCCGCCCUGGGAAGCUUAACAUUCUUGGAUACGCCAAAAAUAUAUCUGUGGAUGACAACAAUCCCUUGAAUCUAAAAAGAAAGUAAAUCAUCUGAGUUUUCUAGCAAGCAAAGAGACUGCUGUUAAACUAAUGAAUCUUGAAUAGAGUUCCGACGGUGCUGAGAAUGCUCGUCAUUCUAGACUUUUACAUUAAGCAAUGCAAGGUUUCGAUGAACUACUUGGGCCAUCAUGUCCUGCUCCAUCUCUGGGUCCUGAUUUGCUCGGACCUGAAUUCCGGUGUAUUAUAUCCCGGCCUCUCACAUGCAACAGUGUAACAGUAGAAAAAAUUUGUGCAUGUUCUUGAGCCAGCUCUGGUUUUCGUCGUUC